AAAUUUAGGGGUCCGCUUGGUAAAAGCUCAUUUUGUAUGACCCUUGGAAACAUACACGUAGGAAAGUAAUAUAAAGUUCUUGUGGAUACUUUUCUCUGUUAGUGAUCGUGUCAAAGCUUUUUUAUCUAUAUACUGCUUCAAGACGGAAAGAUGGUCAGCCCUCUGGUUUAUAUUGUUUUUGUUUUCCUAGCAGUGGAUGCAAAGACACCCACGUGCCUCAUCGUUUCUCCAAAUAUAAUACACCUGGGAGUGGACGAGACUGUUAGUGUGCAGCUCCACGGAGCAACCAAAUCGACUAGUAUGCAUCUAUAUUUUAGACAUCAAAUCAAGGAAAAUAUGGUCUCUAUAAAGAAAUCUAUUAUCCUUAAUGAAGAGAAUCAGUACCAGGCUGUAGUAAAAUUACAGGUUGACCACAGACUGUUUGAAAGUAUCAGUAAAGAUUCAUAUGUGCAGCUUGUUGCUGAAAGCAAAGAUAUAUUUAACAGGGGACCAAGAAGGGUCAGCAUCUUUGUGUCAAGAAAAAGAGGCUACAUAUUCAUCCAAACAGACAAGCCGAUUUAUAACCCAGGGGAAAUGGUCAGAUAUAGAAUCUUCACUCUAAACCACGUCAUGCUCCCCAUGAACGAUACAAUCCAUGUUAAAAUAACGAACAGCAAAGGCUUGAUUGUUGACAAUCGUAUGAUGGGUUCGCAAGAAAUCAUGGAGAAGAGCAUCACUAUUCCAGACAUGGAGGUGGCAGGCCACUGGACAAUCCUUGUGUCGUUUGAAAACUCGCCUGAAUCUGAUACAACAUCACGAUUUGAGGUCAGGAAAUAUGUUUUGCCCUCAUUUGAGGUUAAAAUCGUGGCACCUCUGCCUUACCACACUUUAAAGAGUACGUCCUUUCCAUUCAACAUCUCUGCCAGAUAUACUUAUGGGAAGGGGGUAAACGGCGUGGCAUACGUGAGAUUUGGACUUCUAGAUGAGAAAGGGAACAGGACGUAUCUUCAAGGCACUGAGAAGCAGACAGAAGUUGUGGAUGGCACUGGGCAAACAGAAAUACUCACUGAAGAGUUAAGUGAGGCAUCAGAAAGGAGUGACAUAAGAUUCAUGGAGGGAUAUUAUCUUUUCAUUGCAGUAUCAGUUUUGGAAAAAGCAAGUGGCAAUCUGGAGGAAGCUGAGAGCUCUUCUGUAAAGAUUGUUACUUCACCUUAUGUCAUUGAUCUGUCGAAGACCAAGCAGCAUUUCACCCCAGGUGGUGUGUUUUCCGUUGUGGCUACUGCUACUUAUCCAAAUGGCAACAGAGUCCCUUACUUGAAAUUCAAAGCCACAGUUCAAGUGACAACACAAGGAUCAACCAAACAAAUUCUGAAUGAAGAGGGACUCGGAAAUGACAUUGGAGACAUAGCCAUGUCCUUUCAGAUAUCACCACUGGCCAAAACUUUAUUCAUAACGGUGUUUGCUGAGGGAAGUGAUAAGGAGGUCAUUCUUAGUGAUGCAAAGAUGACCGUCAAUGCAGUGGAGGAUGUGGAAGGCAGAUAUCUUAGUUUGGAGGUGGAGCAUCAGAUCCUACAGCCUGGUCAAAAUCUGAAGGCCACAUUACGGGACAUUACACCCCCAAAUUCAGCAAGACCCACCUUCUUUUAUUUAUUGGUUUUGAGUAAAGGCAGAAUUGUCCAUGUGAGGAGGGUGCAGAGAACUGAAAUCACAACGACCAAUGUGGAUUUCACUGAGGAUCUGGUCCCUUCGUUUCGCCUGAUCGCCUAUUACUUUAUAGACCUUCCAAACCAUCAAAAAAUUGUAGCGGACUCUGUGUGGGUCGAUGUAAAAGAUGUUUGCAAAGGAAAGGUGGAAAUCGAUUCACUGGAUACAAUGAAACCUGCGAAACAGUUCGAGCUGUUGGUUAAAACGGAUCCAAACAGCAGAGUGGCUCUUGCUGCGGUAGACUCUGCAGUUUAUAUUCUGAAUAAAAACAAAUUAAGCCCACAGAAGAUGUUUGAGGACAUGAAUUCUUAUGACUUGGCCUGCUCUGUAGGAGGGGGGGAGGACUCAAGUGCGGUUUUGCAGGGAGCUGGACUUACUUUCAUUUGUAACUGUGAUCUGGCUUCUCCAAAAAUCCAAGAACAUAAAUGUUUCGCUAAACGUCGCAACCGGAGAGGAGCUGUGGACCACAUUGCAGAAUACAAUGCACUUGUCAACAGCUACAAGAACCAGGAAAGAAAGUGCUGUUUUGAUGGCACGAGGCUUAGCAAGGUGCUGCUGACCUGCAAUGACCGUGUAAGAAAUAUCAAACAUUCGGCGAGCUGUCGUGCUGCUUUUGAAAAGUGCUGCAAAGCGGCGGAGGAGAGGAGAAAGAAAGAAAGAUUCGAGAGGCUUAAAAACAGCCUUGGCAGAGCUAUUGCCAAUGACAAUACAUUGGAUGAAAGUAUGAUUAAUGUGGACGAUAUUCAUCUGCGCAGUUAUUUUCCACAGUCAUGGAUGUGGACAAUUGUUGAUUCAGAUAAUUCUGGCACUGUCAGACAUCCUGCAGUUGCUCCUGACUCCAUAACUACCUGGGAAGUCCAAGCUGUGGGCAUCUCUCCCACAAAAGGUUUCUGCAUCGCAGAGCCGAAACCCCUGAGGGUCUUCCAGGACUUUUUUGUGUCUGUUAUCCUUCCUUACUCUGUAAAAAGAAACGAGCAGCUUCAGGUCAAAGCUGUCGUGUACAAUUACAAGCCAGAUAGUUUACCGAUUAAAGUGAAGAUGGAUAAAGCAGAUGGGCUGUGUAGUGUUGGUGGGAGUGAUGUGGAACAGCUGGUCACAGUUCCUGGUAACUCGGCAUUGGCCGUGUAUUUCACUGUGGUGCCACUCGUCAUUGGAAACAUCCCCAUAACUGUGCUGGCCUACGGCUCACCAACCGCCCGUGACCGGGUACAAAAGCAGCUGCGUGUGGAGGAAGAAGGGCAAGUUGUCUUUAUUGACAAGGAGUUCAACAUUUAUCCAAAUGCCAGGAAAUUAGAGAUCGAUAUUCCAAUCCCUGCUGAUAAAAUUCCCAAUGGGCAGGAUUCCACGUCUGUGGGUUUUAAAGGUGGCAUGAUGGGAGAGUCGGUGGAUAACUGUCUUCACCUGGAAGGUGUUAACAGACUCAUUCAGCUUCCUACAGGAUGCGCAGAACAGACUAUGGUGACAAUGUCUCCCGCUAUUCAUGCCAUGAGAUACCUGGAUGAAACCAACCAAUGGAUAUCACUCGAUGCUGAACGUAGAGAUGAGGCCAAGUCAAUGAUCCAGACCGGUUACACCACAGUUCUCACAUUCAAAAAAACUGAUGGCUCUUAUGGAGCAUUUCUGUCGACACCCAGCAGUAUUUGGCUUACUGCAUUUAUUGCCAAAGAGCUGACACAGGCCCGAGACGUCAUCCCUGUGGAAGACUCUUAUAUUAGGGAGGCCAUGUCCUAUUUGAUCACCAAACAGAAAGACAAUGGUGCAUGGGAUGAUCCUAAUGCAUUGUAUGACAGAAGUAUGAAGGGAGGAGUUGGACAGGCACAAGAGGAUGUUGCUUUAACUGCAUUUGUGCUUUUAUCAAUGCAUCGUGCCGUGAAAUUGUACGAUCUGGGAACAGACACAGAACUGAGAAUGGCUAUGGAAAAAGCGAAGUCUUAUCUAGAGGAGAAGGUGGAUGUCCUGCAGAAUCUAUAUUCGGUUGCUAUCACAGCUUACGUUAUGUCCCUGCAUGAGCCGCUGACCCCUGGAGCUCAACGUGCCCAGCAAAAGCUGAAAGAUAAAGUUAAAUGUGACAAAUCAAAGUGUUUCUGGAAUGCCAAGGCUGGCAAAUCAGAGGGUCAAGCGGAUGCCGAGGCUGUGGAGACCACAGCAUAUGGGCUGCUGAAUGCGAUGUCUGUCAGAGAUAAAGAGACGGCCAAAAAAAUCGCAAACUGGCUAACAGAGCAGCGUGGGUACGGUGGUGGAUUCCGGUCGACACAGGACACAGUCGUGGCCCUCGAGGCUUUAGCAAAAUACAGCGCACAGAACAAUGACGUGGAAGAUCUUAAUCUGCAGGUGGAAAUGUGUCAUGAAAAUGGUAAAAGGGAGGGCAUUCGUUUGACUCAACAAAAUGCGCAUACCCAGGCUGCCAUUGAGGUCAAAAAUCCUGGAAAAAUGACCGUAAAAGUCGAAGGAACAGGACGUGGUACUUUAUUGAUUGCACAGACGUACAGAUCUAUGAAAACUGACGAAUCGUACUGUGACCUCCUUUACCUUACUGUUAAAGUGAAAGGAGAGUUGGAAUACAAAACUGAGGAAAAUGAAGAACUGUUUGAUGAUGAUUACAAUUACGAUACCAAUGAGGAUCUAAACAGAGAUGAGCCCAGGAGCAGCAUGGAAUGGUUUGAUCUUCGCAGUCGCAGAAGAAGACAAGCUUCAGAGGAGCCGAGAAAAGAGAGUUCAUUCAUAUACACAGUGUGUGUGGGGGUGAAAAUGAACAGUUCUGUUGGUAUGAUCGUAGUUGACAUCUCACUGCUGAGCGGCAUGAGACCAAACACAGGGGAUCUAGAACAACUUAUGAAUGGUUCUGAGCAAUAUAUUGACCAUUAUGACGUUUACCAAAAUAAAGUAUUUCUAUACUUUGCAGAGAUCGAUGAAGCUGAGAGGUGUUUUUGGUUUGGUGCUGAUCUGAUUGUUCCCAUGGGCCUCGUCCAGCCAGCGGCUGCUGUCGUCUAUGACUAUUACAACCCAGAGAGGAGAUGCGGCAUAUUCUAUACAGCCCCUAUGAAGAGCCCAAUGAUCUCCAAACUGUGCGACGGGGACGUGUGCACAUGUGCAGAAGGCGACUGUCCGAAACUGAGGGUCACCUUCAGCAAGAACAUAAAACAAGACACUCGCAUUAGUUUUGCAUGUUAUUCGCCUGUCACCGAUUACGUUUACGUUAUCAAAUUUGUCGACUUAAGCAAGGAUGGUGUCUUUGUGUACUACACAGCAGUAAUCUCUGAAGUUCUUCAGAUGGGAAAGGACUCUGCCAUCCGUAAGGAUGCCACACGUCAAAUGGUGCUGCGUUCGGCUUGUGGUUUUACAUUGAAAUCCGAAGCAAGUUAUCUGCUUAUGGGGCAGAAUGAAGAUAUUUACCUUCUGAAUAACGCAGAAUUGCAGUACAGGUAUAUUUUGAACGGUAACAUCUGGAUUGAAGAGAUACCGGAGGAGAAGAAAUGCAAAGGAACCAAGAGUAGCUCUGCCUGCUCUCUGUUGAAGGAAUUCAUGCGACAGCACCCCCUAAGACACUGUGACAUUUAGAAAACAAAAAGAGCCAUGUAUGAAAUCAGUAGUUGGCUUAGUCAUUUGUGUGCUUUUAUUUCUAGUGCAUACUGACAUACAAACAGACAGUUACAGUUGUUGGAUACAUUGGAAUUGAGAGCCUGAAGGUUCAGUUUUGAUUUUACUGUGGAAGGUUUGUAAUAUUGGCAAUACAGUAGCUUCUCUUUACUCUUAACCUGUUACAUAAAGGGAAGAACUUUAUUACAAUAACCUCAGAUAUUAUUUUAUAAAACAUCUCUGACUGCCCAUAUUAUAAAUACAUACUCUUCUUAGGGCUUGUUUUCGAGACGGUACAUUUCUGAUACAUAUUUGAGGAUUAUUGCAGAAUACAUACCAAAUUUAAAACGCCUUGUGUUCUGUUACACCGUCGUUUUAGUACAGAAUACUGUAGAAGUGGCUUAAACAGCACUCGCUUUCCAUCGCUUGUGCACAUUUGUUCAGGUUAAGUUUUAUCAGAAAAGAAACGUUCUGACUCCAAAUAAAGUACAAAUGCUCAUCUGA